UACAAGCCUGCUACUAUUAUUAGCUUCAUCAAUAGAUGGAAUGAAGUUGCUAUGGAUGAUGAGCACAACAACCCGGCGCAGUAUCGAAGCUUCUUGAAGUCCUUGAACGAUAGCCAACUCUUGUCGCAUGUCAGUAGCCUCAGUCAGUCUCAGACACACAUCAGCACGGAACGCGUCCUUCCAGAUACGCCUAGUAUUUCCGGUCGUAAUGAUAUAGAUGCUUCUACUCCAAAUGAGAGUAAAUUCGCCAGCUCUGACCCGUUUGCAGAUUCAUUCAACGACAUUCUCCUUGCUCAAGAAAAUCAUAUUCCACCAGCACAACUAGGUGAACAGGAUUCCGAUACUAGUGAAGAUGAGGAAGUGUCUGGAAUAGGACCAAAACACGAGUUUGGGCAAUAUGAUGUAUAUUUUCAAAACAAACACGAUAAACAGCAACUACGUGAUGAGGCGUACAGGGACUGGGACUUGAAACGACGCGGGCUACAGGGGCAAGUGGCUUAUCAAGAACCUAUCUUUCGUGGAUGUACUAUUUAUGUGAAUGGGUAUACUGUUCCUUCUAUCAACGAAAUUCACCGGUUGGUAAUAAUUUAUGGUGGGAUUUUCUUGCCCCAUUUAGCCAACAAGUCUUCUGCCACUCAUAUCGUUUGCGACAAGUUGACUCCUCGUAAGCAGCAAAUAUUCAAAAAUUGCAAGGUUGUCAAAGCUAAGUGGAUUGUAGAUAGCGUUGAAGUGGGAAGACUUUUAGACUGGAAGAAGUAUCGUCUCUUCCAAGAAGUUUCCUACGACCAACAGCGCCUUGACCUAAAACUGGAUACCUUUGCUAUUCACCAGUUCAACACUGAAGACAUUAUUGAUGAGGACGAGCAAAAUAUUUUAGAAGACUUCUACGAGGCUGAACAGUUGAAUAAUGCAGAACAACUAGAUGACGAGAAAGUGCAACUCAAUGGGUCUAGAGCAGAUGAAGAUGGUCGGACUCUUGAGAAGACUUCUAUUAUGACUGCUAAGCACCCAGAUUUCUUGCCUCACUUUUUUGCUAACUCAAGAUUGCAUCAUUUAAGUUCCUGGAAGGCCGACCUAAGGGCCAAGUUCUUGAAAAUGGUUUACCAAGCAGGUACUAGUAAAGUGAAUAUGAACCUGACGAGAAAGAUGAUUUUGCAUCUUGAUUUCGACUGCUUCUUCGCAACCGCUUCUGCUCAGAAGCAUCCUAAUUUGGACAUCCAGAAGGAUGCGAUUGUUGUAUCUCAUGGGAACGAUACCUCGGAUAUUGCAAGUUGUAAUUAUGUGGCUCGUAGUUUUGGUAUCAGAAAUGGGAUGUGGAUUAGAUCUGCAAAAGAUCUAUACCCCAAUAUUUGUAUCAUCGAUUAUGAGUUUGACCUAUACGAAAAGUAUGCAUCAGAGCUUUACAAUUACUUAUUAUCAAGGUCUGGAGACUUUGAUACUAUUUACCCAGUACUGGUUGAUGAAGCUCUUUUGGACAUCACUUCGUAUGCCAGUGAAUGUGAAGAGAGUGAUUUACAGGAGCAUAUCAUAAGACUUUGUACCCUCAUUAAAUCGGACAUCGAACGCUUAACUAAGUGCACAGUUAGUGUGGGAGUUGGAAGAAACGUUCUACUUGCAAAGUUAGCCCUCCAAAAGUCCAAGCCAGACGGAAUUUUGUUCUUGAAUGAAAAUGUUCAGGAGUUUUUGGAUGAUAUACCAAUGAGAAGCUUACCUAGAGUUGGUUAUUCUAUUAUAGAAAAGUUCCAGCAGGAAAUACAGUCCCUUUCUGAAGUGAAGGUAUCUGAUUUGAGAAAAAUUGCCAAGUCAAGAUUAAUUAAUGUAUUUGGUCCAAAGACGGGUCAAAAGUUAUAUGAUUAUGCUCGAGGUGUUGACGAUUCUUCUAUUCGGUUGGACUCAGGAACUAGUCCAGCCCUUUUAGGACGAAAAUCUGUAUCUGUUGAUGUGAACUUUGGAAUUAGAUUCGAUACCACAAAGGAAGUAGAAGUAUUUAUGGCAAACAUGGCCAAAGAAAUGAGUAAGAGGCUUGUUAACCUUGAAUUAGUUGGUUCACAAGUAACGUUAAAAUUGGCCAGAAGAGCUGACAAUGCCCCUCGAAACCCCCCCAAGUACCUUGGAAUGGGGCAUUGUAACUUUUUCAACAAGUCCUCCAAAUUAGGUGUUGCUUCUAAUGAAUGGGGGAUUUUAGCAGCAGAGAUAAAAGCUCUAUCCAGGAUCUUGAAUAUACCUCCAAAAGAAUUAAGAGGGGUAGCAGUUACAGUAUCAAAGUUGGAGGAUUCCGAAACCUUUAAAAGGGGAAAGCAGCAGAAGCUUUCCGCUGGUUCCAUAGUAAGAAGUAAACCCAAACGAGAAAUCAUUCCCGUUGAUACGUCUGACUUCAAGGAUCCAAUGGAGGGGGCCACAGACAUCGACUGGGAUAUUUUCAAUGCUCUUCCAUGGUCAAUCAGAAAAGAGCUUAGAGGUGAAAUGACUAGACGUGGUAUAAUAUCCAGGGAUUCAAGUCCCCUGAAGGGACACAAAGUUUAUUUACAGCAAUUGCUACCCUCUGGUACGGGACUGCAAACUCGAUAUGUAAGGGUUUUAGAAUCACCAAAGAAACCUAGAAGCAGAUCAGCUACCGCUUCUCCUCGAAAAUCUUCUGUGACACCAGCCCCGGAACCUGACCUCAGCUACGAUAGCGCAGUGUUGAAUGAGCUCCCAUCUUCUGUGAGAGAUGAGGUUAUUAAUGGCCUCGAGCAAAGAAAAAGGCAAAAAGUGAAUCCUCAGACACUCAAGUCCAAGUUUGUGGAGAUAGCAGAGAGGGACAAGGAAGUCAACAAAGUUAUUGACGAAAAUUGGGUGCUUGAGCAAAAUAUGCUUCGACCUCCAGCUAGGUUCUUGGACAUGAGGACAAUGUAUUCUGAUAUUAAAGUAAUCAUUUCUGGGUGGAUUGCUGAAUCGUUCAAUCAGGAAGGACCCCAUGAUGAUGACGUACAGGCCUUCGUCGGAUACUUAAAGCAACUUUUAGCACAAGCCAAUUUAGCCCGUUGCAUACGGUCAGUUGAUUAUAUCCGUCGAGAAGUAAACUAUUAUGAUGCUAUUUCUCGAGCCAGUCAAACCCCUGGUAUAUCACCAGGGCUAAUGGAGUGGAGACGCAUAAUCAAGACCAAGUUUGAGCCAGUACUCCACGACUACUGUAAUAAGAACACUAUAAAAUUAGUAGCCAAGACAUGUACAUAGUUAUUUAUUUAUGAAUUAUGAGAUGCUUAUUAAUUAUAUCUGAAUAUUUCACCAACAGUGUGGUUCCAGUUGGCUCUCCAUCUUAAUUCACUUUCUUCCAUUGCACCUUCACCGAUCGUUCGCAUGAGGGCAGGGUCCAGUAAUAUCAAUUUCAAGAGCCUGUAAAGUUCUUCAGGUUCCCCUUGUUUGUCUUGGGAGUUUGUGAUCAACCCAUUCUUCCCAUGUUUAACUAAUUCCCCUAUGCUAGGAAAAUUAAGAGAUAUAACAGGAACUCCACAUCCAAAGAAAUCUAGUAUCUUCAUGGGCAAAUCAAGACCACUUGAAGAGGUAUGCAAAGAAAUAGCAAUAUCAGCAACCGAAAUGAUCAAGGGAUAGUCUUCAAUAAGUAGCCACACUGACUGCACUACCACCUUGGACAGAAACUUGAGAUCUUCCACUGUACGAAGAAAAGGAUUUUUCAAAGGACCCUUUCCGGUUACUAUCAUCAAUAAUUUCUGUGUACUCUCAGCAUCAUCAUCAUAUAACUUCAAGGCAUUUAGAAGAACAUUGAAGUCUUCAUCUGGGGUAAAAGAAGUAGAGCUGAUAAGUAUUUUAUACUCUUCCAAAUUCUUAACAUGCUUGAAAAUUUCAUGCAGUUUUAUCUCAUCCUUGCUAUAUUCGAGACGCUCCAAGGGACUGAACUGGUCACCUGGACGAUCAUACAACACUUUAAUGGAUUUGCUGUUCAAACCAAAUUCAUCCACUAAAAAUUGCUUCAUACUCUUUGUCACAGUCAAGUUAAGGUCUGCAAACCUCCCAAGCCAUUUUUCGUAAAGUUUUAACAACCUAACAAUUGGAUGUCUUUGGUUAUUGUAUCGUAAAUUGAGGAUCGAAUAGUUCAAGUUGUGCCAGUCAAUAAUGAGUUCGGAGUUGCUGAACAACUUAAUAAAUACGAUAACCACCAACAAAAGGGGCAUUGAAGGGGGAUUUUGGAUCAUUAUAUACUUCGUGCCUCUGAAUUCGAAGAGGAGGUCAAACAAAUAGUAUAUUUGGAGCACUAUUUUCUGUGAUGCAAAAAGAAUAAAUGGGAGGUUGCGUGAAUUCUUGAUUAUUGGGAUUGAAUGAAUAUCGAUACCUGGAUGGUCUAACAAAUCUGGUGCAAGUUCCGACUCCAAGUAUCCACAUAAAUUGACCUGGUAGUCAAGGCCGGCAAAAGAACGGGCAUGGUAGCACAUACGUGGUGAAUGGCCCAAAUCUCCCAACACGAAGAUGGCAAUUGACCGUCUACCACCAGUCUGAUUUCUAUGAGUUAAAAAGGGCAACACCACGUAUCCAAGUAUUGGCAAACAAAAAUAGAUACCGAUUAACCAGUAUACCCAUGUUCCCCAUAAAUUCACUUCGGUGAGUGUAUCUAUACUCAAGUCUUCCAAACCAAACAUGUAUGCCUAAGGAAGUUUGUACAUCGCGGUC